CUUGGCUGGGCUGGUCUGGGCUGGCUAAGCCUUUCACCCUAUAAAAUGCAAAGUCAUAAACCCUAACCCCUUCCAGCGUUAUCGUCUUUGCAGAGAGAGGUUGAAAUUUUUAGCUUCAUUCAUUGUUGUUCUUAGGUGGGAAAGGGAGGAGUUACAAAUGUAUCUUCAGUUCUACAUAAACGAGAAAGGUGAUAAGGUGUACACCACCAAGAAGGAAUCACCACUGGGGCUUGCUACUCAAUCUGCUCAUCCAGCUCGCUUCUCUCCUGAUGAUAAAUUCUCAAGGCAAAGAGUUCUUCUAAAGAAGCGCUUUGGAUUGUUGCCAACCCAGCAGCCACCUCCAAAGUACUGAGUCUAUCAAGUGCUUUAUGCUGUAUUCUACUGGAGCUAUCUGAUAUGGAGCUUUCCUUCUAAAGUGCCAAAGAUUGUUCCUGUUUUUAUCCUUUCAAUGGCUAUGGAAGGUAGUUUAUUUGCUGCCAUAACGUAGCAGGACUGUUGUAGCCAAUAUUUGUUAUAUGAUUGAAAUGCAUGACAUUUUUGAAUGAUAUUUCAUGGAAUGCUAAUGAAUAGAUGGCCAAAUAUAUUAGUAACACAUUGUGGAAA